CUCCUUUUUGUGCUGCAGCUCGUGUGUUAUUAGAUUCAAGAAAUAUUCUAUACUGUGGUCGAGCGAAAGAAUCGAUAGACUAAAGGGGAUAAGAAGAAGUGGGUGAACACAACGCGGUAAUCACUCACGCACGUGUUGUGUCAAUCAUUGUUCAUUGUUCGAGUUGCACUUGCCACCGACGACCGUGUUGUCUUUUUCCACACUAAGUUUAACGCACGCCGCUGCUAAUCAUCUCUAAUCCGAGCUUCAGGCAUCGUAGUCAUGGUCUAUUAUUGCGGAUAUCUCGUGCGAAACGACUGGAUGUUCCAGCGAGCCGCUGAGUUGGGACAUUCGCCCACAACAGGAACAGAUAUUGUCUGCCUGGCUUCAAGGGAUGUCAGGGUACAGACGGGUGUUUACUUCUACACCAAGGUUCGUCAAGUAAAAACCGCCAAGGGCACGACGUUUUGGUGCAUUGCCUUCGCCUCGAACGAUCCUCGCGAACAGUUACCAACCAGUGCGCCGUCGGAGGAGAAAUACAAGGCUUUGAAGGAGGUGCUGCAGAAGGAAGGCCCGCCUCGCUG